GUUUUGUGGCGGCAGUGACAGCGCUGGUGGUUGGUUGGUGGCGGUGUGCUGUGUGUGCUGUUCAGCCACUGUGGCGAGCAUCGUCUCAAGCUCAAGUCCAAUGCACCAAGAUCAAGGAUGCUUCAAGGACAGCGCUGACAAUCGGACGUUUGCGUUUGCUGGCAACAUGGCGCAGACGUCCAUGACGCGUGAGGCGUGUGCCACGCUUCUGCUACACCUUCAACUUUCCCCUCAAGCACCGUUGAGGAUGGCUACCAAUGCUGCUUCUGCGAACACCCAAGCUGAAUUCCCACCACGCAGUCUCAGCGCCUCCCUCCGACUGAAACGAGCCAUGCACGGGGGCGUCAACCGAGAUGUGCGGAGCAGCCAAUCACAUGAACAUCAUCCGGGCAAACUGUUCCGGCAAACCCGUUCCCACAGGAGUUGCCGUUCUGCAACACGAGUCUGUCCAUCGGUGCCCGCCUCCACGACCUCAUUGGACGCCUCAUUGGACCUGAUCCUGUCACCGGUCCAUGCGCCUUCCUCGACGAUGGCGUCAAGAGGCUCGCCAUCCCGUAUCUGCAUCUGGUGGAGACGAGCACGGCCAUUGCCUCUGCGUGCAUCAUCAGCCAGGACAAGUGUGCCACCACGUUCAUUGAGCCCCAAAGUCUUGGCGCAGCCUUCAACCGAAGGUCAUAUCCACGGAGAUGCGCGCCUUCAACAAUCUCAACUGGCACAGGGGCGGCAGCGUCUUGCGGAAGAUCGGACUUACAGGUGCCCCCUUCAUCACCGGCGAGUACGCUGCUGCUUACGUGACGGGCUGCUAGGACGGCCCAGACAGGAAGUACAAGAAAAUGGCAGCAGGUCUCAAGCACUUUGGCGCGCACUCGGUCGAGACAACCGCGUGGCAUUCAACGGGAACAUCUCCACCUUUGACCUCUGGGACACCGAGUACAAGCGCGGGCACUCGCUGCCAUGUGAUCGUACGCCAGCAUCAACGGCGUGCCCUCGUGUGCGAACAACAUGCUGCUCAAAGACGUCGUGCGCGAGCAGUGGAAGCGUGACAUGGUGACGAUUGGAACAGACUGCGGUGCGAUUUGCAAACAUGGUCGACACCAACAAGCACGCCCGUGACUUCCGUCGACGCUGUCGCGAAGACGCUGCACGGUGGCGUGGAUAUGGAGCUCGGGGAGACAUACUUCACCACAAACGGCAACUUGGCGCAGGCUGUGCAGCAGAACCGCACGGCAAUCGACACGGUGCACAACACCGUGCGGCGGAUCCUCAAGGAUAGCUUCAUCACGGACCAAUGGCAUCGAUGAGUGCACGGCCUGUGGACCCAAGCCUCACCUCCAGUAACGGCCCCUGCAUCAGCGAGUG